AUGUGUCUUACUGCUCAUUGGAUUGAUAAUGAUUGGAACUUGCAUAAAAGAAUCUUAAAUUUUUGUAUUGUUCCUAAUCACAAGGGUGUCACAAUUGGCAAGCAUAUUGAGAAGUGCUUGCAAGAGUGGGGGAUAGAUAGGAUAUUUACAAUCACACUUGAUAAUGCAAGUUCAAAUGAUAUUGCCAUACAAUAUCUGAAAAGAAAAACUAAGGAUUGGAAGACCACCAUUUUGGAUAAUGAGUUUUUGCAUAUGAGGUGUUGUGCACAUAUUGUUAAUCUUAUUGUGUGUGAGGGCUUAAAAGAUCAAAAUAAAUCAGUUGUUAAGAUUAGAAAUGCAGUGAGAUAUGUUAGGUCUUCUCCAUCUAGGCUUCAAACUUUUAAGAAUUGUGUAGAGCGUGAAAAAAUUCCUAGUAAAAGUCUAGUAUGCCUAGAUCUUCCAACUAGGUGGAAUUCGACCUAUAUGAUGUUGGAGGCAGCUGUAAAGUUCCAAAAUGCUUUUGAGCGGCUACAAGAGGAAGACUCACAAUUUGACUCAUAUUUCAAUGAUGAUGAUAAUGAUGAGAAUGAGGUUGGGGUUGAGGAUGAUAAUGGGAGAGGAAAAGGGAGGGGCAGAAAGAAUAUUGGGCCUCCUAAUGUGCUUGAUUGGGGAAAGGCUAGAAUCUUUGUGCAAUUUCUAAAACUUUUUUAUAAGGUGACUUUGCGAUUUUCAGGCUCUUUAUAUGUCACAUCUAAUGCAUUUUUCCAUGAACUUGUGUUAGUGCAAUCUAAAUUGUUGACUUUAAGUAGAAGUGAGGAUAAUAUGUUAAAGAAUAUGGCUACUAGCAUGAGAAAGAAAUAUGACAAAUAUUGGAAGAAUAUUAAAAAUAUCAAUUUUUUGUUGUAUGUUGCUGUUGUGCUAGACCCUCGUUAUAAAUUGAGAUAUAUCAUGUUUUCCUUUAAACAAGUUUAUGAGAAAUCCAAGGCAGAAGAACUAACAGCAAUGGUGGAGGCAAAAUUAAAAAAAUUAUAUGAGCACUAUCUUCAAAAGGAUACUAGUGCUAAUAUUGCAAAACCUAGUGUAAGUCAAUCUUUUGAAGAGAUGGAUGUUGAUGAUGAGGAGGAAGAUGAUAGCAAGUCAUUUGCCUUUCAAUAUAAGAAACACUUGGAGGAGGCAGAAAGUUUGGAGAAUAAAUCUGAAGUGGAUAGGUUUUUGACAGAAAAUUGUGAGGGUCUAGGCAAUGCUGAAUUUGAUAUUUUGGCAUGGUGGAAGCUUAAUAGCUACAAGUCUUGGCUGUUCCAGUCUCCAUAG